UACGUAUGCAUACGGUCUACGAUCCAGGUUACCCCGCAUGUGAUGUGCUGGGCCAGCCUGUGCCAGUUGCUAUCUGUAGCCCCAUUCCUACAGCCCCAUCGCCACAACAGGCUGCUCCGGCCGAUGCCGAUUAUUCCGGGAACGAGCUUGACAACGACAGGGCUUACGUUUCCGGGAAACAACUUGAGAAAGAGAGGGCGCGUUGUUCCGGGAGGCAGCUUGAUACACAGCAGUUAUGAGAAGACGGACGCAAAAGCGCCGAAGCAGGGAUCUUCCGCCUCAGCAUCAUCAGCGUCAGCAUCAGCAUCGUCGUCGUCAUCGUGUCAAGCACCGAAAAAACAAAACCUGUGCCUGGACGCGUUUGUGGCGGUAUUGAAUCAUCAAUCUUGCGUCGAAGGAAAGAAGCGCUGGUACACGUCUAUUCGGGAGCUACAGCUGGUGUCGCUGAAGUUUUGCGGGGUGUGCAGAAGCACCUCGAUCUUGCGUGUGCGUGUGGAGCACAAUGCACCACCUAGCUUGUGGUCUCCUACCAAAUCUUUCUCGUACGCCCUACCGGACGCUUGGAAUCGCGUACCGGCUGUGCGGGCCUAUGGAUGGACAUGGUCGAUUCCGGUGGAUACUCUGUUGAAGGUUUGUGACCUUCGAUAUUGGGCAAAAGCAGAAUUGAGCCGUCGGGGAUCUUUCCCUGAAGCAAAGCUGGCGUCGGUGGUUUGGCCCCAAGGGCUCAAACAGCUGGAAUUCGAUUUGGACACGGCCGUGGAAAAGGCGUCGUGGCCGGCGUCAUUGCAAAGCCUGACGUUUGGAUGUAGCUUUAACCAGCCCAUUCUCGGAGUCGUGUGGCCGUCCUCCCUGCAACAGCUUUCACUAGGCCAUGACUUCAACCAGCCAAUCGAUGGAGUCCAGUGGCCGUCUUCCCUGCGAGAGCUAUCGUUUGGAUGCAAGUUCAACCAGCCCAUAGCUGGUGUCUUGUGGCCGGGUGCGCUGGAGGCCCUAUCGUUUGGCAAUUGCUUCGACCAGCCUAUCACUGGAACCGUGUGGCCGCCCUCACUGCAGCAACUAUCGUUUGGGCAUUGCUUCGACCAGGGCAUCGUCAGAGUUGUGUGGCCGGCCUCCCUUCAGCAGCUAUCGUUUGGGUAUCAAUUCAACGAAACUCUCGCUGGGGUCGUGUGGCCGGCUUUCUUGCAGAGGCUGUUGUUCGGGCAUUUCUUCAACCAGCCCAUCACCGGAGUCUGGUGGCCGGCCUCCCUGCAACAGCUUUCAUUUGAAGGCUCAUUCAACCAGCCCAUCACCGGGGUCUCGUGGCCGGCUUCACUGCAGCAACUGUCGUUUGGAGGCUUCUUCAACCAACCCAUCACCAAAGUAGUCUGGCCGGCCUCCCUGCAACAGUUAUCGUUUGGGCAGUUGUUUAACCAGCCCAUUACCGGGGCCUCGUGGCCGACGUCACUGCAGCAGCUCUCCUUCGGGGAUAACUUCAAUCAGCCCAUAACCGGCGUCUUGUGGCCGGGUUCACUGCAGGACCUAUCGUUCGGGUCUGGUUUCAUGCAAUCUGCUAGAGGGGUUGUGUGGCCGGCCUCCUUACGAAGCGUGGCUCUUGGGGGAACCAAGCUUUAUUGACAGUUGUUGAGACAAUGCGCGGAUCCUGUUCAGGGCACGCUAGAACACGGACGAUCUGGCUGUGGAAGCGGGUAGGCGUUCAGGAGUUAUUUGUUUUUCCCGUCAACCAGUGGGAACAGUUACUCGUACGUAGUUAUCGCUGUUAGUGAGGAAUCCUCUCGUCACUCUUUGUCACUUGACGUGGCGCAAAGGUGGCCGAGUUAGUGGAUGCAUCAGCCGGGGUCGUACAGGAAGGUCUCAGCAUUCAGGCUAUUGUGCACAUCACGCACAAGCUGUGUGGUGAUUAACUUUUUUACCGACUGGCCAUCAUCGUGACAGUCGAGGAUACUUGACGCGACCGGGACGGCGAGGUGUCUUUAGCAGUUCCGGUAGUCUAUAUUUAUUUCGGUCAUGGUGAAGGUGUCAUCAUGACAUGCGAAACCAACAUAUAUGAAAAUGAUUUCUCCUUCCAGUAGACGGUAGACGACGCUUCAGUAACCGUUUGGGACAUGUGUGCAUAUUGGCUGGAUAGUGGGGAUACCUACUCCAGUGAAUCGCAUCUGUAACUUGCGCGAGCAGGCAACCGUUAGCACUCGUACGCUCAAGUGUUUUUAGGAGCUGUAGUUUUGCCUUCGACUUCGCAUCCUUGGCCCGUAU